GGAACUCAUUUUUUUGUAGCAUAGCAAAAUUUCCAGUACAAGUAGCAUAACAACUCAAAAAAGAGAAAAAACUGGAAACUUCAAAAAACUAGACAGAGAAACAGGAGAGAGAAAAUCAGAGUUGCGCACCAAUGGGUUCAAGAGCUAUGGUAAUGGCGCUAAUGUGCGCCUUGGUGAUGGUUAUGGUGCCCCAGGUAUUGGGAAAACGGUACAUUGUUGGUGGCAAAUUUGGAUGGACUUCCAACGUUAACUACACUGUUUGGGCUAGUGAUAAGCACUUUUACAAAGGAGAUUGGCUCUUUUUUGUGUAUGACCGGAACCAGAUGGAUGUCCUGGAGGUGAAUAAGACCAACUAUGAAAGCUGCAACACCGAUCACCCUAUUGGAAACUGGACAACUGGAGCUGGAAGAGAUGUGGUUCCACUGAAUGUAACCAGACACCGCUACUUCGUCAGUGGAAAAGGCUUUUGUUUUGGUGGCAUGAAAUUAUCUGUGAGGAUCGAGAAGCCCCCUCCACCUCCUAGAGCAGCCCCUGUUAAAAGUAAUGCUCCAACUACUUGUUACAGAUCUCAGUAUGUUUUCCCACUAGUAUUUGCCAUUGGUGCCGUUUGGGAUUCUUUCCUCCGGGUCACCGGUUAAUCACAUUCCCCCCUAUGUACUACAGUUCCUUGUACAACAUUUUACUUAUUUCUUAUAUCUCAUUUCCCUUUAGCCUAUUUAGCCUAUUUAUUCUUGUAUCUCUUGAUUUAUUUAUUGGAACUGCACUUGUUUGUGAAACUUAAAAUUGCCCAAGGCAGUUUGAUUACAUUAUCUUUUCAGGAAAA